AGGGGUCAGUGUCUGAAUUCCAACCUUCAGACUGGAAGUAGUUGAAAGAUGGUGCGUUCGGGAACCCUCGCUCUUCUGCUGCUGCUGCUGACUCUACAGUUUGCUGCAGGUUCUCAGGCUCCUCGCUGUCAGGCUGCAGAGGCCAAAUGUGACUUUGUGUGCGACUGCUCUGACUGCAGCGAUGAGGAUGACUGUGGCCACGGGGGGAAGGACUUUCAGUGUGACUUUGAAGAUGCUGGCAUGUGUGGAUGGAGCGUCCAGUCAGGUGACGGUUACACCUGGGAGAGGCUCCAGGGGGGGCCGUCUGACAGCGGGCCGUUGUCUGACUUCACCACAGGCACAGCCACAGGCUGGUUCAUUGGGGUGAGCGCCGUCACGGCUCAGUCGCCACAAAAGACAGUUCUCAUCUCCCCGGAGAUGAAGCAGUCUUCACCGACGUGUCGUCUUCGUCUCAGAUACUUCCUCUGGGAUUCAGGUCACACAGGGCUGGGCUCUGUCCCCCUGUGGGGGUCCGUCCUCCGCCAGGACUCUCAGGAGGCUGUGGUGUGGCGUCCUGAGGCCUCCAGUGUCCGAGCCUGGAGGGAAGACACCAUCUACCUGGGACGGAUUGCUUCAAGCUUUCAGAUCAGGCUUCACUCUGAGCGCUCAGAGGGGCGAGGGGGGGACGUGGCCCUGGACCAGCUGGAGUUCCUUGACUGCGCUUUGCCCCCUCCCCGUCCUGAGGAGGAGUGUCCUGCAGGGAUGCUGACGUGUAAGAACGCCGCCUGUGUGGAGCAGCGGCAGGUCUGUGAUGGUAGCGAUGACUGCGGCGACGGCACUGAUGAAGAGAGCUGUGGGGAUUUCCGCCGCUGUGACUUUGAGAAGGGGCUGUGCGACUGGGACCUAAGGUCAUUAUCUUCACUGAAGUGGAUCAUAACUAACCAAGAGGGGAUCUCAACCACCGAUCCUCGGAAAGGGCCCGGCAGAGAUCAGUCCAAAAACUCUGCGUCAGGCUCCUUCCUGUAUGUGACCGUCCCGGAUGAGGGUCUGUCCAGCGACUGGGCUGCUUUUCAGAGUCCACCUCUGCAACCAACCAACAGCUCACAUCCUUGUAAGAUGGUGAUGUACACUCACCAGUUUGGGCCGAGGUCCGGGGGUUUGACGGUGAUGGUGACGGAGCGUUCCAUCAUCCCUGUGUGGGAGAGGGCUGGCUCUCUUGGUGAUCUGUGGGUGAAGGCUGAGGUGGAGAUUGUGUGCAACACAACUUUCCAAAUCCUGAUAAUGGCAGCAAUUCGAGACUUUGACUAUGGAGGUAUUGCCGUUGACAGCAUCACGUUGUCUCCUGAAUGCCGCCUGUCUUCAGAAAACAACUCCCUGGAAGGGUUCCCCAAACCCCCCAAGCACCCGUGCACCGAGCCGGAGAAGAUAUGUGAUUUUCACGCAGACUGUGCAGAAGCCGAGGACGAGGCCAAGUGUGGUGACUUCUUGUACGCUGAAGGCAGCUCAGGCUGGACUGACACUAGCGUUGGGAGUCAGCGUUGGGAACUCCAUAAAAAUUCCACCUCUAACGAGGACUACCUGUGCGUAAUCGAGGCUGCUGGUCAGCAGCUCACUGAGGCGCAGAUGCGAACGCCCCUCCUUGGCCCCUCUGGUCCCGUCUGCAACAUCAGCUUUGAUUAUUCCCUCACUGGGAGCGCCGAUCACAUUGGUGAGCUGUCACUCAGGGUGAUAGACAGCCUGCUGGGCGUCGGACCCAAAAUGUGGGAGUCUGGUGGGAAGACUGGAUCUGAGGAAGAAGCAUGGCGGCACGCCAAUGUUCUCAUCGGUGUGAGGAAAGAUCGCUUCCAGAUGGUGUUUGAAGCUCGUGCUGUGGAGCUGCACCCUCACGGACAGAUCCGGGUGAAAAACAUUCACUUCGCAGACUGCCACGCCAGCUACUUUCCACUGACUGACACCGCAUCUCAGCAUUUAAUUUUGUCUUGGACAGGAAUUUCCUGUAACUUUGACUCCGACUUGUGUGGGUGGUACCAGGACAACAGCGAUAACUUUGACUGGAGUGCGCUCAGUGAGGACGACCACACCACAGGACACGGCCGAAGCCUUGCUGUGGACAUGUGGAGUCCCCUUCUGCGCGGAGCAUUCGGGCGUUUGAUUUCAUUUCCACAGGUUCCAGGACCGUCAAAUUCCUGCCUGUCCUUUUUCUACAAACUCUACGGCCCCAACACAGGAGCUUUGACUGUGAAGGUCACAGAUCUGAGUGGGCAUGAAUCUGUCCUGUGGACCCGGAGUGGAGCGCAUGGGAACAUGUGGCAUGAAGCCCACUGCCCUGUCCCCCACCAGCUCACAAACUUUCAGCUGGUGUUUGAGGCGGUGCGCUCUGGCUUUGACGGCCGCGUGGCCAUUGAUGACGUGGCGUUGGUGGACGGUCCGUGUAACAUUCCCAGGAUGUGCUCCUUUGAAGGAGAUCGCUGUGGCUACAGCAGCUCCAGUGGGGGGAUCUGGGUCCACCGAAGCGGUCAGAGCAGCACCGCUGUCACCGGACCUGAAACCGACCACACUCUGCAGACUGAUCAGGGCUUCUACAUGAUGGUGAACACAGACGCCAGUGCCCUUCCUCGUGGGAAGGCUGCGGUGCUCACCUCCCUUGUUCGUGCAAAAACCACAAAGAAAGAGUGUUUGAGCUUCUGGUACCAUAUGGGUGGAGAGAAUCCAGGGUCUCUCACCGUGUACAUGAAGCCAGCAAAUGGGAAGAGGCUGAAGAUCUUCUCUGCAAGCCUGAAUCAAGGAGACCUCUGGCGCCACGGAAGAGGAAAUAUCUUCAGCGACCUGAUGGAGUGGCAGCUGGAGUUUGAGGUGAUCGGAGCCGGAGGCAGAGACACGCAUGUCGCGAUUGAUGACGUCCACAUCUCUCUUUACCCUUGUGAAGAUCAAGAGUCGGUGUGCAGCAUGGAGAGAGGGAUGUGCAUAUGGAGCAACACCCAGAACAUCCAACAGGAUAAGCUGGACUGGGAGCUGACCAAUCAGGAGGCAGAGAAGCACUUUCCCGUCCCGGCUGAAGACCACACUCUGGGCACGGAGAAAGGUCACUUCCUCUUUCUUCCAAGCAGCAAUAGGACGGCAGCCAAUCAGAAUGCCUGGUUGCUGAGCCCCCACUUGCCCCCCACCAAAGGCACUUGUUUAAGAUUCUGGGCCUACAAACCGCAGUCAUCGGACUGCCAGCUGAAGGUCUGGACUCUGACUGGGCGUGGCCUCAAUGAGCUGCUGGUGCCGAGUGACCUGGGCGGCCCGUGGAAACGCUUUGAUGCCAAUAUCAUAUCCACUGAGGAGUACCAGAUUGUCUUUGAGGGACUGAAAGGCUCAGCAGGGCUGCUGGCUCUGGAUGACAUCCAUUUGACUGUUGGGGUCAGCUGUGAGGGAAAGGACGAUGGUUCAUCUGCAGGUCCAGACAAUGCAGGAGGGAUUGCAGCAGCUGUGAUUGUGGUGCUGGUGCUCAUAGGCACGCUGGUCGCUCUGAUCGUUUUCUACAUGAGAACCAGGAGAAGAGCCGAUGGUCUGUCGGAGUCUCUGCCCACAGGACCAACCACUGGCUUCAGCAAUGUCGUGUACGACCAAGAGGAACCGCAGGACCGUGUGACUAUUCCUCCUGCACAAAACCAUCCCAUGGCAGCCGGCUUCAACCACAUUGUUGUGGAGGAGCCUUAGGAGGCGCGGUGGGCGAAGGCGGACGGUUCUGCCACCCAAAGGGGACUCUGCGACAGGGAGGUGACAUCACAGCGGAAGAACUGCUUGUGUCACCACGAUGCAGCGCUCACAAACAUGAACACAGAAACAAAUGACUGAUGCGGAGGAAAGGAUGGAGGGAUGUCAGAGAAAAACAGGCUCAUGAGUGGUCAAUCAGCAGACUGACAAAUAAUCAAGAUUAUCAUUUACUGUCCAGAGGAGCAGGAAUUGGCUCAUAAAUGAGGGACUCUGGGAAAAGAAGCACGUACUGUAGAUGUUGAUUUAAGUCUUGGCUUGGAGGUGAUAAAGUUGUUAACUAACACUACAGUUCUUUCAGAGACAGAGGUAUGUGUUGAAUGAUGAGUUCUGGGGUGCAGUUUGUCAGAAGCGUCCAUCACUCACCAUCAGCUCCAUCAGGUCAGAGUCGAUCAUGAACCGACGAUCAACUGAUUCUUCUCAGUUUUUGGAAGUGUGCUCUCCUCCUGAUGACCUACAUCUUCUGAACUAAAUUACAUUCUGCUUUACCAACAAAUAAAGAUCAUUAACUAGAGAAGUAGUAGGUAAACAGAGUCA